CGUUACUAUGAUUGUUUUCAGUUUUGUUUUUUAGAUAGGUGCUUGUUCGUACACAUUGCAAGCACAUGCCGACCAUUCGGCGUUUUAAUAAGGACAUAUCGAAUGUCAUUCAUGAUGGGUCGUAUUGGAAAUGUGGAGCAUGUGAAAAACAGACAGGGUACCAUAAAAAGCGCGAAUUCUUACCACAUCCUGGAUAUAGAAAUAGACGGCAACAUUAAUGCAUGCUCUAGCAAUAUCUGUGAUGUGUCGGACAGAGAAAUACAACUCUACAAAUAUACAGACAUUCCAGAUUUCCUACAAGGAAACCCUUAUGUUACACAAGGUUACAGGGUGAUGCUUCCAUUUAGUCUAUGUUUGAAAAGUAUAUUUGUUUGGAGCAAUGAGACUCUAAACAUCUGGACACAUCUGCUAGGUUUCCUUAUGUUUCUGUUAUUGAUGCUGUAUGACAAUCUGAUAAUUCUACCUAGAAUCAACAGUUUCUUAUCUGAUUAUGUUGUGGUUACGCUUGGUUUACUAUGCUACCAGAUAUGCAUGCUGUGUUCUGUUGGUUUUCACAUGUUCUGCUGCCACUCAGAGCGAGCCAGUCGUCGAUGGUUAGCAGUGGAUCUUACAGGGAUAUCACUGGGGGUCAUUGGCUGCUAUUUACCAGCAGUUCAUUAUGCAUUUUAUUGUUUGUCUGUGUGGAGAGACAUUUAUUUUAUUAUCAUCACCAUUCUAACAGUAAGCACGAUAGUGAUACAGCUCCAUCAAAAGUUCUUCACACAUGGCUGGUUUAGGUAUAGAAUCCUCAUCUAUGUGUUUCUGGUUGGGUAUGGUGUUAUACCCACAAUACAUUGGAUUUAUCUUAAUGGAGGACUACAAGCUGAAAUAGUACAGAUGUUUGUUCCAAAAGUGAUGACCAUAUAUUUUACUGGAAUUUUAGCCUUAGUGUUUUAUUUAAGCAAAUUUCCAGAAAGAUUUUUACCAGGUACCUUUGAUUAUAUUGGAUCUAGUCAUCAGUGGUGGCAUGUGAUUGUUGUGGGGGCGUUUCUGUACUGGCAUUAUGCUGGACAGGAAAUCUUACUAUACAGACAAAGUCACCAGUGUCUCAUUUAACCUCUAUAUUACUGUGAUACUCAGUGCAAUGUUUUGUUAGUGUAUUUAUAGUGUAAUAAAUUUUAAAUCUCCAA